CGCUGCCUGUUUUAACAUAUUCGCCGUAUAUUCAUGUUGUUCUCUACGACGGCUUUGUUCCUGUGUCUGGCGCUGGCCAAGUCGGCCGAUGCCCAGAGUACUAUUCACGACAUUGUCGUCGGCAGCGCCGCAGGGGCGCUGACUUACACCCCCAGCUUUAUUUCUGCUUCCGUUGGGGACCAAGUUGUCUUCCACUUUCAUCAGAAGAACCACACCGCCACACAGUCAUCCUUCAGUGACCCGUGUCACAAGAUCUCCGGCGGGUUUGACUCUGGAUUUAUGCCUGUCUCUGCCACCGAUACAGACGACUUCCCCACGUUCAGUGUGACUGUCAAUGAUACAAAACCUAUCUGGGUGUACUGCCGCCAGGCCGACAACACCCCCGAGAGUCACUGCGGCAACGGCAUGGUAUUCGCCGUGAACCCCGGCGCGAACGGGACCUCCACCUCCUUCCAGGACUACCUCAACAACGCGCUCGCCGAGGGCGCCCAGUUCAAGGCGUCCGCAUCGGCAACCGCAUCGUCCUCCGCAGCGUCUGGCUCGUGGACGACCGCUGCGUACGGCGGCGUGACGAUCCCCGCUGCGCCGACGGAGAGCGUCGUCACUGAGACGAUCACGGUGCAGGCGUCCUCGUGGACGACGACGUACUCGUCGUACCCCGGCUCGCCGGCCGCCACGCCUGUGUCGCUGGACGGGACCGUGCACACGGUCAUCGUUGGCGGCUCGGACGGCCAGCUCACCUACACGCCGUCAAACAUCACCGCAGCGCCGCGCGACGUAGUCGUCUUCCAGUUCCACCAGAAGAACCACACCGCAACCCAGUCCGCCUUCGCUGACCCGUGCCGUAUCCUGACCGACGAGACGACUGGCGAAGUCAUCGGCCUGGACUCAGGAUUCAUGCCCGUCGGCGCGAACGCGACCGAGUUCCCCACGUUCAACGUCACCGUCAACGAUACUGCGCCAUUGUGGUUCUACUGCAAGCAACACCUCCCGACCGGUGCUAGCCACUGCGGCAUGGGCAUGGUCUUUGCCGUCAAUGCCGUCGCCGAUAGCCCGCGUAAUUUCAGCGCGUUCCAGGAGCUUGCAAUAGAACUUAACGGCACGAAUGCUGUGUCUGCCUCGGGCUCGUCGUCUGCCCCCGGCUCGACGACCACGAAGUCCCCCGGCGGCGCUAGCGCGAGCUUCAGCAUGAACUUCGUCCUUGUUUUCGGCUCGGCGGCAGCGUUUAUCGGUGCACUUUUAUAAUUUUGAAAUGUUCAUGUUUCGGCGGGUAUGUUACGUGUGAUCACUUGUAAUGACGCAUGUGGCCCCACACGAUCUUUUGAACUGAAUCUUGAUACACGCAUCACUGUAGCUCACUGCCGUAUUUGAUGUUACAUUGAUACGUC